CUCAAUUCUCAAUAAGAACUGACGCCCACGGCUGCAAAUAGCAGGUUAUUGCAGUCCAUCAUCAAGAAGAACUAAAACACCGCAGCUCUCUGCCGUCCCACCCGCCGCCUGGAACUGCAAGAUGAGUCCGUGGAAGACCCUCUUGGUGGCCGCCGCGGCCCUCGCCACGCUCCUGGCAGCCGACGCUACCGUGGAGUCGACGUGCAAGGCGGCGGCCGCCAUGGACGUCCGCAUCGACUACGGCUUCUGCGUGUCGGAGCUGAGCAAGCACCGCGACAGCCCUGGCGCGGACACCUGGGGCCUGGCCAAGGUGGCAGCCAACCUCGGCGUCAACAACGCCGGCGGCGCAGUCCGCGAAGCGGACGCGCUGCUGGCCAGGCCGCCGGGCACGGGAGGCGCGGACGACGCGAAGGCAAGGGCGGCGCUGGGGCAGUGCCGCAGGCUCUACUUCGACAUGGAGCUCGCGUUCGCGGGGGCGCACGACGAGAUCGACGCGCGUCAGUACGCGGCGGGGAAGGAGAUGGCCGUGGAGGGCAUCCCAUUGGCGCGACGGUGCGACGCCGUCUUCGCCGAGGCCAGGAUCCCGUCGCUGCUGGCACGGCGAGGAGAGUACGCCGAGCAGAUCGCGGUGCUGUGCAUUGCCAUCACCGACCUCAUCAAGUGAUACAACCAGAGUGCAUUCAUCAGUCUUGUCCUAGCUAGUAGGCUCUUUGAACAAGAAUCCAGGGUUUAGACUUUGUUUCCUUGAUUUCUUGUAAAACACAGAGACGUUCAAAA